AUGCGGUCUACAAGGCAACCCGACGGAAGAAAUCACGCAGUGCUCGAUGUAGGCUCUCCUCGACCUCCCGGAACGGUGAAACUGAGUGAAGACGGUGACGGUGAUCGGAUAACGGGUAUUUUAAGACGGGUCAAACACGUCCAUGGAAAUGAGCUUUUCUCGUUCACUGUCCAUUUCAAUUCCAGGGUGCUUCUGUUCCCACUGUUGGCCAAGUUCAAAGCGGCGGUUGUCGUCAAUAUGCUAUCCGCGGUUUCCGGUCUCGAAGCAGUGAUCCCCGUAGGCGAUCGUACAAAACUCGGGAUGAUGUCACUAAACGAGCUUGUUCGCAUCCGAUGUUUGCCUCGGUGUGCAAAUUACCGUCACUUGGAUGUAAGAAAGGAAAAGACCGAAACACGGUUGAUCUCAACGCGACCAUGGAGUCGAACACAAGAGGAGCUGCGGAAGUACAAGGAGGCAUUGGAGUGA